AUGAACAAGGAAAAUGAAAAUGAUUGGACUGAAAACAAGAUGUUCCGUAAAGACAAGGAACGAUACGCGAUCGUUCGUUUUACGGACGAAGACUUAAAUUCUAGAAGUCUUGAUUUGGUCCCACUCUCAUGGUUGCACGAAGAUACAGAGAACAGAUAUACAUGCCUAUAUCCAGGUCCGUGCGAUUACCAGCACAUUGACAGCUGGCUAUUAUCUUUGAAAGAGCCCGAGACACAUUGGGAAUCUUUUGCAAUAAAAGUCAUUGCAUACGCAAAAGAUUUAAAACAAGGGAAAAGGCGGCUCAAGCGAGCCUUGAAGUCCGAUGAAAUUAAAUGCACUGAUGACGGAUGUGAUGAAAGCCAACCUAUUAAAAUGUCCACAAGGGUCGUCGAAGAAAGUUUGAAUGCUGUGAAAUCCUUCCGACAGUGUGAUAAGCCUUCUUCGGCAUCAGUAAAUUCAUUGCUUACCAUCCAGCCAAAAACGAAGAACAAUCCAGGGAUAUGCUCGACAGAUGAACCAAUGGAAACAGAAGAAAUAAUGGAUAAUCCUUUUUUUGAACAAAACGCGAUAGAUAUAAUAAAUCUACCACCAAGUAAAUACUUGAAAUUCUCUUAAAUAUGUACUGCU